AUGCAAAAGCCAUGUCAAUUGCCACAAAAAAAAUAUUUUCGGCAACGAGCCCAUUCCAACCCAAUAGCUGACCAUACAUUUGAUUAUCCAUGUCAACCUGAUGCAAUGGAUUGGUCUGCAUAUUACCCAGACUUCUUCCCUUCAAAUCAGAUAUUUAAUGAUCAAGUUGCAAAAGUAGAGUUUGCAGAUAUUGGUUGUGGUUAUGGGGGGCUUCUAGUUUCUCUGUCUCCUUUAUUCCCUGAUAAGUUGAUGCUUGGGAUUGAGAUUAGAGUAAAAGUUUCUGAUUUUGUCAAAGAAAGGAUAAAAGCUUUACGCCAAAUACAUCCUGGAAAAUAUCAGAAUAUAGCUUGUAUCCGUUCCAAUGCUAUGAAGUACUUACCAAAUUUCUUCAGUAAAGGACAGCUGUCUAAGAUGUUUUUUCUGUUUCCUGAUCCUCACUUUAAAAAGACCAAACACAAAUGGCGUAUUAUUAGUCAAACUCUACUUGCUGAAUAUGCUCAUGUCUUAAGAAUCCAGGGUUUUGUUUAUACAAUCACAGAUGUCAAAGAAGUGCAUGAAUGGAUGGUAAAACAUUUUGAAGAAUUCCCAUUAUUUGAAAGAGUUCAGGAUGAUGAACUGCAAAAUGAUAUAAUUGUUGAGAAGCUCUAUGAUAGCACAGAAGAAGGCCAAAAAGUUACUCGGAAUAAGGGAAAUAAAUUUUUAGCGGUCUUCAGAAGAAUAGCUGAUCCUUACCUUUUAAAUAUACAAUAA